CCUACCUGCACAAUGGCACACAUACUGGAUCUCCCUGUUAUACCCAGUCCUUUACCAACCGACUGGGCGCCCGCACAAACGACAAGUAAACUCACGGCCCCCCUCGUCGAGCGUCGAUUAUUACCCGUCGGUCCUGCCUACCUUGCGCACGUCCGUAGAACCAUCAAGAAUCUGUCCUUCGAGGAACAUGACCGGUUGGCUGAGGAAGAACGCAAGAGACACAAAGCCCUCCUCGAGGCUGGCACGCCUGGCGAAGAUGACCUCGGCGUCGGUGACGAGGAGGAAUCAGAAGAAUUGCUGAGCUUGGAUCCCAAGGAGUGGAAGAAACAAGACCACUACGCUGUCCUUGGAUUGUCUCAUCUUCGUUACAAGGCCACAGAUGAACAAAUCAAGAUUGCUCAUCGCAAGAAGGUUCUGAAGCAUCAUCCGGACAAAAAAGCCGGGUCCGCGGGCGAGACCAACGAUGAUGCUUUCUUCAAAUGCAUCCAAAAAGCCAUGGAGGUUCUGACUCAUCCCGAAAAGCGCCGCCAGUUCGACUCUGUCGAUCCAUACUACCAGGAACUCGAGGAGGAAGCCCCGACCGCAAGCCAGUUCAAGAACAUGAAGGAUCCUUCACAAUUCUUCAAGGCUUUCGGCGAGGUAUUCGAGCGUGAGGCACGUUUCAGCAAUAAGCAGCCCGUUCCCAUGCUCGGCGGCUACGACGACUCCAAGGAGAAGGUCGAGGCAUUCUAUGAUUUCUGGUACAAUUUCGAUAGCUGGCGCAGCUUCGAAUAUCUUGAUAAGGAGGUCAAUGAGGGUAGCGAUAGCCGUGACGACAAGCGGUACACUGAGAAGAAGAACCGGUCAGAGCGAGCGCGGCGAAAGAAGGAAGACAACGCACGUCUACGUAAUCUGGUUGAUACUGCGUUGGCCGUUGACCCGCGCAUCAAACGUAUCAAGGAGGAGGAGAAAGCUGCUCGGGCAGCGAAGAAGAGCGCGAAGGCUGGAGGUCCAUCCGCGGCGGAGCUCAAAGCCAAACAAGAGGAAGAAAAGCGGAAAGCGGAGGAGGAAGCCAAAAAGAAGGAAGAGCAGGAAAAGGCCGACCGCGAGGCUGCAAAGAAAGCGAAGGCAGCCGCCGCGAACGCUCGCAAGAAGGCGAGGAGACAAGAACGUGCUGCGGGAGACAUAGAGAACGGGCAUCCGGCCUAAGGCCUGUGCAAGGUUACCUCUCGAUCGUUUCCGUUCACUGUCAGAUAGACAUUAGGACUUGUACCGCAUAUGAGACAGCUCUGUACGCUCCGGUAUCUAGAAUUGUGCUCCGC